UCUGCAGAUUUUUUGUUCACAUUUCGGACUCAGAAUUCUCUCGGUCUCGUUCUUGACUCAGUCUCAUCUCUGUAACAUCUAGGGCACGCCCUUCCCAUCAAUCUUCUUCCUUUCUGCUAAUCUCUCUCUCUCUCUGCUGAUCGCUUCGAAAAUCGACUCAAUCUGACGCCUCGUUCAUUCUGCAGCUCUAUUUUAAUCGCUAGAAGAUGGCAACAAAAUACAUUUUAGCUUCUGUAAUUGGAGCUAGUGCAAUUGCGUAUGUUUCAGACUAUCUUAUUGCUGACAAGAAAAUAUUUGGAGGAUCAACCCCGUCUACUGUUUCGAACAAGGAGUGGUUGGAAGAAACCGACAAGAAAUUCCAAGCAUGGCCUCGUACUGCCGGUCCACCUGUGGUCAUGAACCCCAUCAGUCGCCAGAAUUUCAUCGUCAAGACUCGCUCUGAAGUCUAAAUGCUACUCUGGUUGUCAAUUUCUACACUUUUGAUUGGAUCAUUCUGCUUUGAAAGUACUUCCUCUAGUCAUUUAAGCAGUUCUAAUCUGCCUUCACAUUUUAAGUGGGAAACUCGGAAGGAAUUCAUGUUGUUUUGAAGUCAUUCUUAUUUCCUGUUUAAGUUGCAUCAUUGGCUUUGUUAUGUUUAUGGUGUCAGGAUGUUGAAUCUCAAUAAAUACAGUGAAAAAGUUUUCCCCAUCUCUUUCAGACAAUGUAGAAUGCUCGUCUUUCUUAUUUCCUUGA